AUGAGCAGAAGACUGUCCCUUACCUAUCUGGAGCAUUCAUUUUGCUGUGGUUUAAGGGAUAUCAACGGAAGAAGGACUGGACACCUGGUAAAGACUGCCCUUCCGCUGGGGAUGGGGCGUCGAUAUAGGGAGGAAGCCCCGGCUUUUAUCCAACGGGACGGGCAAACCGCAGCAAGAAUAGGAGAUGCAGAACCAGGAAUGCAGAGCAAGAGGAAUAACAAGAUAACUAAGGACAGACGAAGGGUAUUAAACUGGCUCAGGAUCCAGAAAUAUAAACUAAAUGCUUAUAAAAAAGAUGGCUUGUGGCUGAGAUGGGCUUCUAACAGAGCAGAACAUCUGGAGGCACUAAAACACAGGACACAUACAGAGAGGAAGUACGGUAGAGGAAGAUCUCAUGCAUUAGCUUGGUAUAUACUCAUGCUGUUGUCUUAG